CCCUCUUUCUUCAGACUUUCCACUGCUGCGGUUCCUCGACCGACAUCCCGGGCUGUCAGUACUGCGAUUGAUUCGAAGACAAUGACGCAACGACGAUUGAAGCACGUGACCCGGCUGUGUUUUUGACCAUGUGGAUGUGUAUCAUUUCUACCUGCUGUACAGAAUGACAUUACACCCGAAGUGAGCUUUAGGUAGCGCUGUUAUAUGGACACUUUAAGAUGAAUAAACCUGGCUGCCGUGCUGGGAGAAGAGCUCGGGAAAAAAGACGCAAAAAACACGAGGGUGUCUCCGAAGUGACUCUGACUCACGAAGCUCAGUUUGUUCUUUUGAGGAGAUGGCUGAAAGAAAAAGGAUUCGCCUCACAGUCUCUCAUCCCUGUCAACUUCCAUGAUACUGGAAGGGGGCUUAUGGCAACUCAAACUAUCAAGGCCAAAGACAGUGUUAUUUCCUUGCCUGAGAAAUGCUUACUGACCACCAGGACAGUUCUGAAGAGUUACAUGGGUGACUAUAUAAAAAGAUGGCAUCCUCCCAUAUCUCCUCUUCUGGCUCUUUGUUGUUUCCUCAUUUCUGAGAGAUAUGGUGGAGAUGCAUCAGAGUGGAGUUCUUACAUUAAUAUCCUCCCAAAGACCUACACAUGCCCUGUGUACUUCUCUGAUGACAUCGUUGACCUUUUGCCUAGGAGCCUCCAGAAGAAAGCCACAGAGCAGAAAGAACAGUUUCAGGAACUCUACUGCUCUUUCCUGAUGUUUUUCCACUCCCUCCAGCCACUCUUCACCCAGCCCACAGAGGAGCUGUUUACCCAGGAUGCACUGCGGUGGGCUUGGUGCAGCAUUAACACGCGUACAGUGUACAUGGAGCAUGAUCAGAGUGACUAUCUCUCCAGGGAGAAGGAUGUGUAUGCGCUUGCACCAUACCUUGACCUGCUGAACCACUGUCCUAAUGUCCAAGUUGAAGCUGGCUUCAACAAAGAAACUUGCUGUUACGAGGUUAAAAGUGUCCAAGGCUGUAAGAGGUUUCAGCAAGCGUUCAUCAAUUAUGGCCCUCAUGAUAAUCACAGACUACUUCUGGAAUAUGGCUUUGUUGCCCCUGACAACCCCCACAGUGUAGUAUAUGUUGACUUAGGAACUCUAAAAUUGUGUCUAGAUGAACAAGACAAACAGCUAACACAAAAACUACUCUACCUAAGGGACAAUGAUUUUUUAAGGAACUUGACGUUUGGGAUGAAUGGCCCUUCCUGGCGACUGAUGACUGCACUGAGACUGCUGUCCUUGAAACCUGAGCAAUAUACUUGUUGGAAGAGUGUCCUCUUGGGGGCAGUAGUGAGCCGGGAUAGGGAGGAGUGGUGCAUUCACAAUGCCCUAAAGCUUUGCAAUAACCUCACCGAUGACAAUGUCAAAGCACUAGAGAGGCUAUCACAGCUCAAACAGGGUGCGAACCUGUCUCUCCUUGAACAACUGUGUGAGGUGGAGAGCCUGAGACAAGAGGAGCAAAGGAUUCUGGAACACACACGAGUGGUUCUUCAAAACCUCUGGGGACAAUAGUCACUGUGGUAACAGUAGGGCAUUCAGAACACUGAGGAACCAGAAGCCUCAUGCUGUCACUGCCAAGAUUUAGACACAAGCCCAGAGCCAGCAGAUAUGCUUGAGCUUUGUACUACAGCCCUUAACACAACCACCUUAAAAACUACAGGGAGUCCAAAUUACUUAAAAGAAUAGUUCACCCAAAUCCGAAAAUUCUGUCAUUUAAUCACCCUC